UUGGGUUCUAGGUUCGAAAGUUUUCCAUUCCACUUCCUCCGCAGCCAAACCAUCCAUCAAUGGGGAAAAACAAGAGGUUCGACAAAAGACCCGAAUCCGAACACUCACCUUCCACCGUCUUCGUCACCAACUUGCCUUACUCUUUCACCAACUCUCAGCUUGAAGAAACAUUUAGCGAUGUCGGUCCGAUUAGGCGUUGUUUUAUGGUUACAAAGAAAGGGUCAACUGAACAUCGUGGCUUCGCUUUCGUUCAAUUUGCUGUUGCUGAAGAUGCCAACCGUGCUAUUGAGUUGAAGAAUGGUUCUUCUGUAGGAGGUCGAAAAAUUGCAGUUAAAUAUGCAAUGCACCGUGCUCCAUUGGAGCAACGGCGGUCAAAGACAACCCAAGAUGAUGCGACCAAUACAAAGAAUGACGAUGGUUGUCUUACCUCAACUGUAGAAGAGCAUGGUUCGAGCCUGCCGAAAUUAGAGAAACCUGUGCAACCUAGAAAGUCAGCAACACUUUGUUCUGAUCUAGUUGAUAAAGGGAAUUGCUCAGAGAAGCAGAGGGUUGCUAGGACUGUUAUAUUUGGCGGUCUUCAUAAUGCUGGGAUGGCUGAAGAUGUCCAUCGACGUGCAAAGGAGAUUGGCACUGUCUGUGCUGUAACCUAUCCUGUUCCAAUAGAGGAGCUUAAACAACAUGGUCUUGCACAAGAUGGAUGCAAAAUGGAUGCUUCAGCAGUGCUUUUCACAAGCGUCAAAUUGGCUCGUAAUGCUGUGGCAAUGUUACACCAGAAAGAGAUACAUGGAGGCAUUGUUUGGGCACGCCAGCUGGGUGGUGAGGGCUCUAAGACUCAAAAGUGGAAGCUAAUUAUCAGAAAUCUUCCUUUCAAGGCUAAGUUAAAUGAGAUAAAGGAUAUGUUUUUAGCAGCAGGGUUUGUCUGGGAUGUAUUUAUUCCACAAAAUUCUGAAACGGGGUUAUCCAAGGGUUUUGCUUUUGUCAAAUUCACAUCUAAACAGGAUGCAGAAAAUGCCAUUCAAAAGUUCAAUGGGAAUUUUUUUUGUAAAAGACCAAUAGCUGUUGAUUGGGCUGUUCCGAAGAAACUUUACAGUGCCGGCGCUAAUUCUGUUGUUGCUUCAGAUGAUGGGCAGCUGAAUAAAAUUGACAAGGAAAGUGAUACUGAUAGUAGUAGUAUCGAUAUGGAAGAUGAAGGUGGGGACAAUGAUAGUGAUGAUGGUAUUGCUUCAAAUGACUCGAAUAUAUCAGAGAUGGAAAGGACACCAAUUGUACUGGAUUUUGAUAAGGAAGUAGACAUUGCGAGGAAAGUGCUGAAUAGCUUGGUGACAUCCUCUUCUAAGGAUUCUCUUCCUCUCCAAGAUGAUGCCAUUAUGCCCAACGGGAAAGACGAGAUGAAUGUAGAUGAAACCAUCGAUGUGCAAGAUAAGUUACCUGUUGAAUCUGCAAUAGAACCAGAUGUGAUUAAACCUGAAAAAUCUGGCAAAAACAAAGAAACUGAUGGCGAAGAUGAGUUGCAGAGAACAAUUUUCAUAAGCAACCUUCCAUUUGACAUCGACAAUAAAGAAGUGAAAGAAAGGUUCUCUGCCUUUGGUGCAGUGCAAUCCUUUAUUCCCGUCCUCCAUCCAGUUACCAAGCGACCGAGAGGAACUGGUUUUCUCAAGUUUAAAACUAUAGAUUCUGCUGUUGCAGCAGUUUUAGCAGCAAAUGCUGCAUUUGGUUUGGGUAUUUUUCAAGGUAGGCAGCUCAAAGUGUUGAAGGCAUUGGAUCGGAAAUCAGCACAUAAUAAAGAAUUGGAGAGGGCUAAAGCUGAGGAACAUGACCAGCGCAACCUGUACUUGGCAAAGGAAGGACUUAUAGUUGAGGGGACACCAGCAGCUAAAGAUGUUUUGUCCAGUGAAAUGGAAAAACGCAAAAUGUUACAUGAAAAAAAGAUGACCAAGCUCAAAUCCCCGAAUUUCCAUGUUUCGAGGACAAGACUUGUUAUAUAUAAUUUGCCGAAGUCCAUGACUGAAAAUGAAUUGAAACAACUUUGUAUUGAUGCAGUUACCUCACGAGCUACAAAGCAAAAACCUGUAAUACGACAGAUCAAGUUCUUGAAAACUGUGAAGAAGGGAAAGAUUGUUGUUAAAAAUCAGUCGCGUGGGGUUGCCUUUGUCGAGUUUACGGAACAUCAGCAUGCACUUGUUGCUUUGAGGGUUCUCAACAAUAAUCCAGAAACAUUUGGUCCAGAGCAUCGCCCAAUAGUGGAGUUUUCCAUCGAUAAUGUGCAGACAUUGAAGCUGAGGAAAGCCAAGAUACAAGCUCAGCAUCAAGACGCUAGUGAUAAUUUGAACAAUGCACAGCAAAAAGAAAAAUCACAUCCAUUCGACGAUCAGCCUAACAAAUCACGGAAACGGAAAUCUAGAGAUGAGAAAAGGGCAACGAAGCAUUCAGAGUUGAACAAGGCUGAGAUGGAAAACAGAGUUGCAACUGGAGAAGGCCAAGCUAGUAAGAAGCCAAAGCAUAAACUGACCGGUGAAAAGACAAAACCAUCUUGGAAAGAAAAUUUGGAAGGCUCCAAUCAGAAGGUGAAAGGAUCAAAUCAUAAACCCGGUCGCAAAGCCGGCCAAAAGUCUGUUGUUGGAAGUUCUGUAAAGGUAGAAACAAAUGUUAAGGAAACCCGCAAAUUAAAGUCGAAAGAGGUGGAAGCAAUUCCUCAGCCAAAAGAGAGGACGCGACAAGUGCAUGCAAAGCGGGAGGAGGGAGAGGCGAAUUCAAAAGGAAAACGGCCAAGAAGGAAUAAAGAUCCAUCAGGGAGAGAUGUGGUGGAUAAACUCGAUAUGCUAAUCGAACAAUACAGAUCAAAGUUCUCUCGGCCAAAAUCGACACCCGAGGCUGAAAAACAAUGUUCUAAGAAGCUUAGAAGGUGGUUUCAAGAUUAAUACCAUUAACAGGUUAUGAAUAAUUUUUAGCAUAUCUUAAUCAUAUCCAUCUUUUAGGGUAAAAUGAGAGUAUUAGAUGAGCAUUUUGAUGUUAACGCAAUUGCCAU